CAAACAGUUGAUCGCGCAGCUUCAUCUUGGCUGAACCAUGUGGCUUUCUCUGGUGUUGGGUGCCGUGGGCACAGUCCUGGCCCUGGGUCUGUUCAGCUGGCUGCCGCUUUGUCGCCGUAGGCGUCGCAUCUGUGAGCUGGCUGAGCUGCUGCCGGGCCCGAAGCCGUGGCCCUUGCUGGGCGAUGCCCAUCUCUUCUUUGGCCUGAGCCCCGCCGAGGCGUGCCUGAUGAUGGGCCAGCUGGCCGAGAAGUACGGGGACACGUUCAAGAUCCGUCUGGGGCCCUGCUUCAGUGUGAUGUUUUUCCAUCCCAGCGAUGUGGAGCAGGUCCUAAGCAGCACCCAGCUGGUGGACAAGGCGGACGAGUACGAUUUUCUUUCGCGUUGGCUCAACGAGGGCCUGCUGGUGAGCACCGGCCGCAAGUGGCACAAGCGACGCAAGAUCAUCACGCCCGCCUUUCACUUCCGCAUCCUCGAGCAGUACGUUGAGAUCUUUGACCGGCAGACGCGUCAGUUCGUCUCGAAUCUUGAGUUGGCGAGCGGCCACAAGGGCCACAAUCGCGUCGACCUGGGCCAUGCCGUUCAUCUGUGUGCCCUGGAUGUCAUUUGCGAAACUGCCAUGGGCGUCUCCAUCAAUGCACAGACGAAUGCUGACUCCGAGUAUGUGCAGGCGGUGAAGACGAUAUCGAUGGUGCUGCACAAGCGGAUGUUCAACAUAUUUUACCGCUUCGACUGGACCUACAUGCUGACACCCCUGGCCCGUGCCGAGAAGCGUGCCUUGAACGUGCUGCAUGAGUUUACGGAGAAAAUCAUUGUGCAGCGUCGCGAGGAGCUGAUGCGCGGUGGCAACAGGGACGCCGCCGCAGCUGCCACCGAUGCGGAUGCUGAUGUGGGAGCCAAGCGGAAGAUGGCCUUCCUGGACAUCCUGCUGCAAUCGACCGUCGACGAGAAGCCAUUGACCAACCUGGACAUUCGCGAGGAGGUCGACACAUUCAUGUUCGAGGGCCACGACACAACCUCCUCGGCGCUCAUGUUCUUUUUCUACAACAUCGCCACCCAUCCGGAGGCGCAGAAGAAGUGCUUCGAGGAGAUCAGUUCGGUGAUCGGCGAGGACAAAAGCAGCCCGGUCACAUACGAGCUGCUCAACAAACUCCACUAUGUGGAUCUGUGCAUCAAGGAGACGCUCCGCAUGUACCCAUCCGUGCCGCUACUGGGUCGCAGGGUGCUGCAGGAGUGCGAGAUAAAUGGCAAACUCAUUCCCGCUGGCACAAACAUCGGCAUCUCGCCCCUUUUCCUGGGUCGCCGCGAGGACCUAUUCAGGGAGCCCAACAGCUUCAAGCCGGAGCGCUUCGAUGUGGUCACAAGCGCCGAGAAGCUCAAUCCCUAUGCCUACAUACCCUUCUCUGCGGGGCCGCGCAACUGCAUUGGGCAAAAGUUUGCCAUGCUCGAGAUCAAGGCCAUUGUCGCCAACGUUCUGCGUCACUACCACAUCGACUUUGUCGGCGAUACAACGCAGCCGCCAGUCCUCAUCGCUGAACUGAUCCUACGCACCAAGGAUCCGCUAAUGUUCAAGCUGCAGGAGCGCGUCUACUAACCAUUUACUCUCGUAAAUGCUGCCGGCUUUUUUUUUCCUAAUUUGUAUCUGUAAAUAUUAAUAAUGAAACCCCUUGAAGUCUAAUGAAAUGAAAGCCCCAAAUAGCU